AAUAUAACUGGUUCAUAGUAUUACUUUAUUAAUAUAACUGGUUCAUAGUAUUACUUUCUUAAUAUAAUAACUGGUUCAUACUAUUACUUUAUUAAUAUAAACAACCUUAGUGUUUCCUUUGCUAAAGAGCUAAGUGAGGAAGCAUUAAAGCUCCUUCCGCUCUUAUUUUUGUUCCAGUUAACUACUUCCGGGUCAUUUCACUCCGUCAGACUCCUCAAACAAAGGGACUCAGCCAAAACUCCCGCGGUUAGUUUCUUCUUCUUCCGGAAACAACAUGGCGGCCGAGACUCGCGCCGGCCUCAACAACAUGUCGAAAGCCGUGAUGCUGAGAGACGUCGUCGUGAAUAAACUAACGACGGCCGCGCAGGAGAUCUUCGCGACCGUCGAGAGAACCGUGACCGGCUACGAGGAGGAGGCGUCGGGCCUGAGGCACGAGCUCGACCGGCUGAGGAGGCAGCUGGAGCUGCUCGCGCAGCCGGAGAUCAAAGUGGAGCCGACAGAUAAUCUUCUUCCUGGAGGAGGAGGAGGAGGAGGAGAAAAACUGUCCAGAUUUGAUCUGGCUUGUUCUUGUUCAGAUGUUGAGGAGUUUGGGAUCCGUGACGUCAUCAGCUACGCCGAGGAAGAGGAGGAAGGUAAAGAUGAGGAGAAGGAGUCUGCUGAGAGCACCCGUCUGGACCCAGAGGAGCUGAGGGACCCGGGUCCUCAGGUUCCUGUGGGGAGGAAGGGGGCUCCUCUGAAAUUCAGAGUCGGUCUGCUUCAGAACUCCAAGGCCGAGUUGCUCAUGGACGGCGGGUUGAAGUCCCCGGUCGUGAAGUGUCCCCGAGGCCUGCAGGAACCAGACUUCCUGGACCUGCUGAGGUCCACCUUCCCUCAGCUGACCGGCCCGUUCAACGCCUUCACCUCGGACUCCACCGGCAGGUCGUCCCUGUUCAUCCGAGUGAAGGCCGCCAAGAAAACCCCGAAGGAGAAGAAAAAGCUCCGUUCUGCUCCGAGGAAAGACGGCGAGGAAAGGAGGUCUUCGAAGGUUCCCGAACCGGCAGAGCGUCUCAGCAACGGAACCUCGACCUCCUGCCUCCCGCCCCUCCGCCGGCACACGGCUGAUCGGACGCCCAGGAAGUCGAAAGCAAAACGAGAAGGAGGAGCUCUUCCUGCUGCUGACAACCGGGAGGUGGAGGAGGAGGGGGAGGGGGGCUCGAAACCAGACGAGAACGAGGAGAAGUCGAGGGAGAGCAAAGCCAAGAAGAAGAAGAGGAAGUCGAGGGAGAGCAGCGACGAGAAGAAGAAGAGGAAGUCGAGGGAGAGCAGCGACGAGAAGAAGAAGAAGAGGAGGAAGAAGCUGAAGCGGAAACGUCAGGCGGAAACCGAACGAGGAGGAGAUCUUCCUGUUGCUGACAAUGGAGACGAAAAAGAGGAGGAGGAGGAGGAGGAGAAAGAGGAGGACUUGAAGCCAGACGAGAACCACAAGGAGCCGAGGAAGAGAAGGAGGAGUCAAGGAGUCCAGACAAAGAUCUCCAGUCUGGGUCCGGGGGACCCGGGUCAGCAGACUCUGAGGAUCAAGGAGGAUGUGAUGGCAGCAGACCGUGGUUCUCCUCCUGGAGGAGGGCCGUCCGUGAAGAAGAAGAGGAGGAGGUGCAGUGGGGGGGCUCCUCUGCACCGGGUCGGUCAGGACCCUCAGGCCGACCCGCUGCCAGCAGACGGGUCGAAGUCCCCGGUCCAGAAGCCGAGGCGUCCCCGAGACCCGAAGGAUCCGGACCUCCUGGACCUGCUCAGGUCCACCUUCCCUCAGGGGCCCCCUUACCUGAGGGUCCACCAGUGCACUCGCGUCGCGGGGGGAACCGUCCAGCUGGCGUCGGGGAAGCUUUUGCCGGUCGCACCGCCUCGUCCUCUCAAGCGUUGACCGGAGACUCUCGAGGUUGAAUAAAAUGGAUUUGUAUUUAAUUCGGAUGAAAGCCAAAAUGAGUCCAUGGUGAUGACGAUGUGACGUUUUGUUGGUUUUAUCCGAAAAAGACGACUAGCGGACGACUGUUUACGGCUUGUUUUCUGUUCCGUUCCAUCGAUGCUAAGCUAAGCUAGCAUCGUAGCCUGUCGGGUGUUAUGGUUAGUACCGUGUGGACGUCGAUGUACUACUACGAGAUAUUAUAGAGACUUUUUGUCGCCUCGACCCCCCCCCCCCCAAAUUUUUUGAAUAUGUUCUUGUUCAAAAAGUUUUGGCUCAACUAGUUUUUCAGCUAUUUUCAUAUUUAGUUUUUUUAGAGUGGUGUUAAAUAUUUUCAAAUUCUCUUGAAAGAUUUCUGAUCAUUCCGUCCUGGCUGUGGAUGCCAAGAUCCGUUUGUGUGAAAGGAGGAUGAGGAGGAGGAUGAGGAGGAUGAGGUCUCACUCGCACAAAUAAAAACAAGACACUUGAGA